CUUUCGAUUUUGUGUUCUUCGCCUGCUAAGCGGGCCUCUUUGCGUUCUUUCCAGGUCUUCGACUUCGAUUUCUCCGAUCGCUCUCAUUGGGACCACGCGUUCUUUUGAGCGUCGAAGAACACGUUCAACGAGCGGCUACCGAUUAAUCGGCUUGACUCGCCUCUUCACAACAACCCCAAAAAAAUCCUUUCAAUAGCAAACAUGGCGGAUCAACUCAGCGGCAGCAUGGGCAAUUUGUCCCUCGACUCGGCUCCCCCGGCCGCUCAGCUCUCGAACCAGCAGCCGGUCACUCGUUCCUACAUCCCCCCCCACCUGCGCGCCAAGAUGGCUGCUGCCAAUGCUCCCCCCGCCAACGGUCCUCCCAUGGGCCCUGGGCCGAUGAACGGCCCGGGUCCCGUGAAUGGCCUCAACAACAGUGCUUGGGCUGGCAACAACAACUUCGACGUGCGUGCCGGUGGCGGCAAUUGGGGCGCCUACGAUCAGUCCCCGCACCCUUGGGGCGGCCGUCAGGGUGGCUUCAACCGCAAUGCGUACCGUGGCCCUGCCAGCGGUGGCGGUGGUGCCAUGGGCGGCGGCGCGGGCCGUGGCGAGGGCCGGUGGAUUGACGGCAAGCACGUUAUCGGCAGUGGCGACCCUCGCCUGGAGCGCGAACUCUUCGGCACCGCCGACGAUCCGAGCAAGCAGCACACCGGCAUUAACUUCGAGAAGUACGACGACAUUCCGGUCACCCCCUCCGGCCGUGAUGUGCCGGAGCCCAUCCUGACCUUCAGCAACCCUCCGCUGGACCCUCACCUGCUCUCCAAUAUUGAGCUCGCCCGCUACAAGAUCCCCACCCCGGUCCAGAAGUAUUCCAUCCCCAUCGUCAUCAACGGCCGCGAUCUGAUGGCUUGCGCCCAGACGGGUUCCGGCAAGACUGGCGGUUUCCUGUUCCCCAUUCUGCAUCAGUCUUUCACCCAGGGUCCCUCCCCCGUUCCCGCCCAGGGCGGCGGAUACGGCCGUCAGCGCAAGGCUUACCCCACUGCCUUGAUUCUCGCGCCGACUCGUGAGCUGGUGUCCCAGAUCUAUGACGAAGCCCGCAAGUUCGCCUACCGCUCUUGGGUUCGCCCCUGCGUCGUCUACGGUGGUGCCGAUAUCGGCUCUCAGCUCCGUCAGAUCGAACGCGGCUGCGAUCUGCUUGUUGCUACGCCGGGCAGACUUGUCGACCUCAUAGAGCGUGGUCGCAUCUCGCUUUGCAACAUCAAGUACCUCGUGCUGGACGAGGCCGACCGCAUGCUUGACAUGGGUUUCGAGCCCCAGAUUCGCCGCAUCGUCCAAGGCGAGGACAUGCCUCCUACCGGUCAGCGCCAGACGCUCAUGUUCUCGGCCACCUUCCCGCGCGACAUUCAAAUGCUCGCCCAGGACUUCCUGAGCGACUAUGUCUUCCUCUCUGUCGGCCGUGUUGGCUCGACCUCGGAGAACAUUACGCAGAAGAUCGAGUACGUCGAAGAUAUCGACAAACGCUCUGUUCUGCUUGAUAUCCUCCAUACCCACGCCGGCGGUCUCACCCUCAUCUUCGUCGAGACCAAGCGCAUGGCCGACUCCCUGUCGGACUUCCUGAUCAACCAGAAUUUCCCGGCCACCUCGAUCCAUGGUGACCGCACCCAGCGUGAGCGCGAGCGUGCCCUGGAGCUCUUCCGGAACGGCAAGUGCCCGAUUCUUGUUGCCACGGCCGUCGCCGCACGUGGCCUCGACAUUCCGAACGUCACUCACGUCAUCAACUACGACCUCCCCACUGACAUUGACGACUACGUUCACCGCAUUGGUCGUACCGGCCGUGCCGGCAAUACGGGUAUCGCCACUGCCUUCUUUAACCGUGGCAACCGCGGUAUCGUCCGGGAGUUGAUCGACCUGCUCAAGGAGGCUAACCAGGAGAUUCCUUCCUUCCUUGAGACCAUUGCUCGCGAGUCGUCCUAUGGUGGUGGCCGGGGCGGUCGCGGCGGCGGUCGCGGUCGCGGCCGUGGAGGUAAUACAGACUUCCGCAAGUAUGGCGGCGGCGGUGGCGGCUUCGGCGGCGGUUUCGGCGGUCCUCAGCACAGCUCUGGCGGCGGCGGUGGCUACGGUGGCUACGGCGGUCCCCAGAGUGGCGGUUACGGCGGCGGCUACGGCGGCUACGGUGGCGGCUACGGCAAUCCCGGUGGUGCCGGCGGCCAGUCCUGGUGGUAACCAUCGACCGCCGACCCUCUGAAGUCCGCAUCAUGCCUGGACACUGGGUUUUUUUUUCCCUCUCUUUCGGUGAUGCAUUGCUUUCCUUCGCGCGAUUCGAUGCCAAGGUUCUCCCUAUCUGGCUUUGACGAUAGACCGGGGUUUUCCUGUCAAUUGAGAGUGACAGGAAGGCUCUUACUCGACGAUUUGAUACCCUUAGACCAGAGAACUUGGGACGACGACAACGCUCGGCACGCUCGUGCCAUGGAUGGCAUGGCCUGCAGGCCCGGUUGAUAUGAUUCGCAAACUGAAUCUUUGAUCAACCUU